GUUCCUCAAGGUAGGGAGACAGAACGCAGAGCGCCCAGGGUUUAUAUGCCCUUUCCAGGAAAUGUUUUCCUUCUCUUGCAGCGGAGUCCAUCCCAGGACCACGAGAGGACCGAACUGAGAUGUCUUCUAUCCCUGCUUCCCGUGCUCCUUCACAGGUGACUGUGGCAUCACAAGUCCCUUUUGCAGACCUCUGCUCGACUCUAGAACAAAUACAGAAAUGUAAAUCCCGGCCAGAGAAGACAAAGUAUUUCAAAGAUUUUUUAGAUUCCUGGAGGAAAUUUCACGAUGCCCUUCACAAAGGUGAAAAGAACGUGAUGGAUUCUUUUUAUCCUGCUAUGAGACUUACCCUUCCCCAGCUGGAAAGGGAGAGGAUGGCUUACGGAAUUAAAGAAACGAUGCUGGCUAAGCUCUACAUCGAACUGCUAAACUUACCCAAGGGGGGGAAAGACGCUUUAAAACUUUUAAAUUAUCGAACCCCUGCUGGCUCGCGGGGAGAUGCUGGGGAUUUUGCGACAAUAGCCUAUUUUGUGCUGAAGCCAAGGUGCAUCAAGCAAGGUCAGUUGACCAUACAGGAGGUGAACGUUCUUCUAGAUUCUGUUUCUACCAAUAAUGCUUCUAAAAGGAAAGAUUUGGUCAAGAAGUCUCUUCUGCAGUUGAUAACUCAGAGCUCGGCACUCGAACAGAAGUGGCUGAUUAGAAUGAUUAUAAAGGAUUUGAAACUGGGCAUCAGCCAACAGACCUUAUUUUCCAUCUUCCAUCCCGACGCCACAGAGCUGUUCGGCGUCACAACCGAUCUGGAGAAGGUUUGCAGGCAGCUGCACGAUCCUUCCGUGUCUCUCAGCGAUGUUUCCAUUUCUCUCUUUUCCGCCUUCAAGCCGAUGCUUGCUGCAAUCGCCGACAUACAACAAAUUGAAAAGCAGAUGAACCAUCAGAGUUUCUACAUAGAAACCAAGUUGGACGGCGAGCGGAUACAGAUGCACAAAGAUGGGGACGUGUACAAGUAUUUCUCGCGGAAUGGCUAUGAUUAUACUCUGCAGUUUGGGGCAUCCCCCCUCGAAGGUUCGUUGACGCCGUUCGUUCAUAACGUUUUUCGGGAGGAUGUUCAGAACUGCAUUCUGGAUGGCGAAAUGAUGGCCUACAACCCCAUGACACAAACCUUCACGCAGAAGGGAAGUAAGUUUGACAUCAAGAGGAUGGUGGAGGAUUCUGAACUGCAGACGUGCUUCUGCGUGUUUGAUGUCCUAAUGGCGAAUGGCCAGAAGUUGGGUCACGAGAUGUUGAGCAAAAGGUACGAGAUACUCAAUAAGCUCUUUACCCCAAUAACAGGUCGAAUACAGGUUGUUCUUAAACAUCAAGCCAGCACACGGAAAGAAGUUAUCGAUGCUCUAAAUGAUGCUAUAGAUAACAGGGAAGAAGGAAUUGUGGUGAAAGACCCCGCAUCCGUUUACAAGCCAGAUAAACGUGGAGAAGGAUGGCUGAAGAUAAAACCAGAGUACGUCGAUGGGCUGAUGGAUGAGCUAGACCUUCUGAUUGUGGGGGGCUACUGGGGAAAAGGCCUUCGUGGUGGCAUGAUGUCCCACUUCCUGUGCGCAGUUGCUGAGAUACCUCUACCUGGUGAAAAACCAUCUGUGUUCCAUUCUAUUUGUCGUGUCGGUUCUGGCUACACUAUGAAAGAGCUGUAUGAUCUUGGCCUGAAAUUAGCCAAACACUGGAAACCGUAUCGUAAAAAAGAUCCUCCUUGCAACAUCUUGUGUGGGACAGAGAAGCCCGAGGUCUAUAUUGAGCCUUGCAAUUCAGUCAUUGUUCAGGUCAAAGCAGCUGAGAUUGUCAGUAGCGAUAUGUACAAAACUGAUUGUACCUUGCGUUUCCCUCGUAUUGAGAAGAUCAGAGAGGAUAAAGAGUGGUACGAAUGUAUGACUCUUGACCUUUUAGAACAGCUCAGAGGCAAAGCUUCAGGGAAGCUGGCGACGAAGCACCUCGACGUUGGUCACGAUGAGCCGCAAGGGAAAAAGCGUAAAGCUGUGCCCAAGGUCAAAAAAAUAAUUGGAGUAAUGGAUCAUUUUAAAGCCCCCGAUCUUUCUAACGUUAGCAGACUUUCCAGCAUAUUUGAAGAUGUUGAGUUUUGCGUCAUGACUGGGACAGAAAGCUGUUCAAAAAACGAGCUGGAAAGCAAAAUAGCAGAGUUUGGCGGUAGCGUAGUACAAAACCCGGGUCCGGACACGUAUUGCGUCGUCGUAGGGACUGAGAACAUCCGAGUGAGAAAUAUUGUUUCUUCCAACAAGUAUGAUGUUGUGAGAGCAGAGUGGCUUUUACAGUGCUUUGAAAGGCAGGCGUUUGUGCCGUGGCAACCUACUUUCAUGAUUCAUAUGUCCUCUGAAACGAAAGAACACUUUGCCUGCAAGUAUGACCGCUAUGGUGACAGUUACACUGCUGAUACUGACAUGGCCCAGUUAAAGGGGUUGUUCUCACGGAUGAGUAAUUUGAGGGAGGAGAUCUCUUGGGACGCGAUUGCUGACCUAGAAGAACGGUAUUCCUGGGGCAGCUCUCAGCUCAGCAUGUUCAGGCAGCGCACCGUUUACCUGGACCUCUCUGACAAAGUCGGCGAUUCGAGAGACAAAGUUAAUCGGACGAGAGUGGUAACCGGCGCGUUGAUGCUUCGCUUUCACGGAGCGAGGGUCAGCUUGCGGCUGGAGGAAGGGGUGUCCCACGUAAUUAUCGGGGAAGAUCGUGGUCGGGUAAAGGAGAUAAAGGCGGUCAGACGAACAUUUACAAGGAAGUUUAAAAUUCUGUCUGAACAGUGGGUAAAGGAUUCCAUAAAGGCUGGGAAAUUACAGAAUGAGGAUGCUUACUUAAUUUAAAUGGGAUUUUAUUUAGCAGGGACGGAGAUGCUUGUAUCUCACGCAAGAGAAUUUUACCAGGCUCUUUUUAAUCCUUCUCUGUUUUAAGAGUAAGUGUGGGAAUGAAAGAAAGCUUUCAGAAAAAAGGGAGUUGCCGUUGUUUGGGGGUUUCUCUCAAUUUAAUCGAGACUGGUGCUUCUUUUACAUAGUAGCUAAACUAUUCCUGGGCUGAUUAGAACUCAGUCUGAGAACAUGUUAACCUGGAGCGUGAAUUUGAAGCCAUUUAAUCCUCCUCAGCAUUACUUUGUUUUUUAAAUCCAAGCACUACAGCAGCAGGGCAGUUAGUCAUUCUGAAACUGCUGUCUGCUUGAGAAGGGGAAAUAAUCUUUUAAAGGUUUCUGAUGAUAGAACUAUUCUGUGGCAAAUUGCAAGCCAUUGUAGCAAGAAUUUACUGCAGUUACGUUGCACCUUCUGGCAGCAACCAUGUAAUCUGCUGUGGCAUGUUAGCUGUACUAUUAAACUACAGUCUCUUAAGAUAAAUUAUGCAAUGCCAGUUUUAUGCAUGUUUAUGCAAAGUGGAACUGUUUGGUAACACUUAAUUAUUCUCUCCUAUUUGACUACCUUUUUAAAUAUAAAAGAAAGGAUCU